AUGGGACGCUUGAUGACAGCGUUGUACCGCAUAGAUACCGACAAGUACAUCGAGUUGCUGCAUGAGCUCGAACUAGAGAAGGGCGAGGAUGCACCAAUGAGCAUGGCAGCGCAUCCGUCGGAGAGAUCGUUUGCAUGCGGCGUGAACAGCUCAGUCGAGGCUCUGCAGACCGGCGAAAACCAGAACUGUCGUAUAUUUGGCGUUGAAGACAAGAGACUGGCUCUCUCAAAAUCCCAGAGCACAUUGUCGAUCAAUGAGCUCGAAGAUGACUUUCAGAAAGUGACCGCCUUCUCGCCUUCUGGCGACCUCCUCGCCGCUGCCGGCACAAAAGAUCUAUCUCUCCUGUACUAUCCGUCGCUUGCCCCUGCGGCAGCUCCCGUCCACCUUGAUAAGGGCGAGAUUUACGAUGCGUCGUUCUCAUCAAACACUCUCGUUGUGGCGACCACUGUCAGCCUCUUGGUGUAUGCUCUCCCGCCAUCUGAAGCCAAGGGAAGAGUGAGAAGGCUGCCGGGAAGGAGAAAGAGAACGCUCUGCAAGCGCUGCAGCUAUGAAGCAGUUGAGAGGCCUACGCUACCGGGGAAUAAUGCCGGGAGCAGUUUCCGCUCUGUUCCACCGCAGGACGGAAAGGACAAGAACGAAUCAUCACCGAGGCGCGCAUUCGUGUGUAAGUGGGACACUGAGAAGUGGGAAGUGACGAAGAUGCGCAAAGUGGGCGACAAGGGUGUUACAUGUUUCGACGUCAGUCCGAACGGCAAGCUUGUCGCUUUUGGCUCCUCGGAUUACACCGUCGGUAUCUUGGAUGCGAAGACCCUGGCGCCCCUAAUUACCAUCCUGAAAGCGCAUGACUUCCCACCCACGACACUACGGUUAAUACCGCGUCCAAUCUCCUCGUCUCUGGAAGUGCGGACAACACCGUCCGUGUCGUCACUGUGCCUGAAACCUCGGUGCCAUCUCUUGGACUUUCUGGGUCAUCGUCAUUCUUACCUUGCUCGUGCUGCUGUUUGCGUUCAUCGCUCAAUCGAUGCACGAGGGCUUAUGAUCAUUGUUCAGUCGCACUUUCUUCCUCGAUACAUCGUCGCAUCUUCAUGACUGCAUCUCUGCCCAUGGAUUUUACACGUAGACCUACAAUUUAUGCAUUGAUUUUACAGUACA